AUGUGUGUGGCACUACUGGCCCUUUGGUGUCAUUUGGAUAAAUCAACAACUGGCAUCACUUACCCAAAAACUCUGCCGUGUGACAUCAGCGAGGACAGUAAUGGAACGGUGGUAAAAGUGGACUGCACUGAUAGAAGCCUUAAGGAAAUCCCCAGUGCCAUCCCCAGAGAGACUACCAACCUGACUCUCACCAUCAACCAUAUUCCAAAAUUAAACUCAACCUCCUUUCAAGGUCUGGAUAACUUGACAGAGAUCGACAUGAGGUGCAACUGUGUGCCCAUCAAAAUCGGUCCAAAGGACCACAUGUGCACAAAGAGUGUGACGAUUGAGGAAAAUGCCUUUAGCACACUGGGGAAUUUAAGAGCACUGUAUCUGGAUGGAAAUCAGCUCUACAGCAUACCUAAAGGCUUGCCUUCAAAUCUUAUUCUGCUGAGUUUGGAAGUAAAUAAUAUUUUUUAUAUUUCUAAAGCUAACCUCACUGAGAUCCAAAAUAUUCAAAUGCUAUAUCUAGGUCAGAACUGCUAUUAUCGUAACCCCUGUAACGCCUCAUAUGAUAUAGAAAAUGGUGCAUUUUUGCCUUUAAACAAUUUAACAUUAUUAUCUCUUAAGUCAAACAACUUGUCCUUUAUUCCCCAUCAAUUGCCUACGAGUUUAAAAGAACUGUAUCUCUACAACAACAAUAUUCAAGAGGUCACUGAUGAGGAUUUCAAAAACUUAACCAACCUUGAGAUUCUUGAUAUCAGCGGAAACUGUCCUCGAUGUUACAAUGCCCCUUUUCCAUGCACCCCAUGCCUGAACAAUGCACAGCUUAAAAUCAGCAAAACGGCUUUUCAAAUGCUGACCAAAUUAAAAACGUUACGAUUGCACAGUAACUCGCUGACACAAGUGCUUCCAGAAUGGUUUGCCAGCACAAAAGAUCUCAGAGUGCUUGAUCUCUCAUCAAACUUUUUAGCCAGAGAGAUUGGGGUCACUACCUUCCCUGUGAACCUGGGUAAACUAGAAGAACUGGACCUAUCAUUUAACUAUGAGCUCCAGAGAUAUCCUCAAACUCUCAGAUUGUCCUGUAAAUUUUCUUCCCUCAUUUCUCUUAGGAUUCUUAGAAUCAAAGGUUAUGUGUUUCAGCAACUAAAGUGGGACAGCAUUGCUCCUUUAAAAGUUUUACCAAAUCUGGAGGUUGUAGAUAUGGGUACAAAUUUUAUUAAAAUGGCAAACCUGAGCAUUUUGAUGGAAUUAAAAAGCUUUAAAAUAAUAAGUCUGUCUGACAACAAGAUAUCAUCUCCCUCUGAUGGCCAAGAUGCUCUUGGUUUUACUGGAGGAGAUCCCUUGCUCUGGUCCCCAAUGUUGGUGGCUGAUCAGUUCCAAAACAAGGAUGUAAGAGAGAUUCAUUACUUCAGGUAUGAUGAAUAUGCCCGCAGCUGCAAAUACAAAGACAAAGAACUUGGAAUAAUUACAUCCUUUGUCAAGAAGGAGUGCAGUAAGUUUGGUAAAACAUUGGAUGUGAGCAGAAACAACAUAUUUUUCUUGCAUUCGAGGUUUUUAAAUCUGAAGGAGCUAAAAUGCCUCAAUCUGUCCGGAAAUGCGAUGAGCCAAAGCUUGAAUGGUUCUGAAUUUAUCAACCUGACAAGCUUACAGUACCUGGACUUCUCAUCGAAUCGCCUGGACCUGCUCUACUCCUCCGCAUUUAAAGAACUGAUAAACCUGGUCAUCUUAGAUAUAAGUAACAACAACCAUUAUUUUGAGUCAGAGGGUUUGACCCACAUGCUUAAUUUUACAAAAAAUUUAAAAAACCUAAAGACACUGAUGAUGAAUCACAAUAAGAUAUCCACUUCCACUAAUUUGGAGAUGGAGAGUGAAUCUCUGGAGACGUUAGAGUUCAGAGAUAACCGCUUAGAUAUGUUAUGGAGAGAUGGGGACACUAGAUAUGUCAACUAUUUCAAAAAGUUGCUAAAUCUCAGGGUCCUUGAUAUCUCCCAAAAUAAUCUCCUUUCUAUUCAACCAGAAGUCUUCAAUGGUCUGCCAGACAAGCUGUCUGAGCUCUAUUUAAUUAACAACAAACUAAAAUCCUUCAAUUGGGGGAAACUUUCACUUCUACGGUCGCUACGUGUCUUAGACCUUAGUGGAAACUACCUAACUUCUGUUCCAAGAAUGUUGUCAAACUGUACCACAUCACUUGAGAAGUUUAUUCUACAUAAAAACCAAAUCCUAAAACUCACACCAAAUUUUCUCAAGGAUGCCUUCAGUCUAAAAUAUCUGGAUCUAAGUUUUAACCGUAUAAAGCACAUUGAGGAAUCCAGCUUUCCAGAGAUUGUUGUGAAGCAGAUGGACAUGUUGCUACUGCACAAAAACAGAUUUUUCUGCACCUGCAACGCCACUUGGUUCAUCACGUGGUUGAACAAAACCACAGUAACUAUCCCUCGGCUGGGAAUAGAUGUUACUUGUGCUUCUCCAGGUGCACAAAGGGGUCACCUUGUGGUUUCUGUGGACUUGAUGGCCUGCCAGUAUCCCUUUCUGUCAAUCAUUCUAUACAUCCUCAUGACUUCCCUCAUCCUCAGCUUCCUCACCCUUUUCAUCUCCAGUCACCUCUUCCUAUGGGAUGUCUGGUACAUCUACCACUUCUGCAGGGCUAAGCUCAAAGGCUACGGCCGCUUGUACUCUCAGAGUACGAUCUAUGAUGCCUUUGUGAUCUAUGAUAAAGAUGAUCCUGCAGUGGCAGAGUGGGUGAUGAAGGAGAUGUGCACUCAUCUGGAGGACUGCGGAGAACAUCGCCUGACACUGGGUCUGGAGGAGCGAGACUGGGUCCCUGGAUGUCCUCUGAUUGACAACCUCUGUCAAAGCAUCCAGAGGAGCAAGAGGACAGUGUUCAUCCUCACCAAAAAAUACAUUGAAGGAGGAAACUUCAGAACAGCCUUCUACAUGGCCCACCAAAGACUGAUGGAUGAAAAGAAUGAUGUAAUAAUACUAAUUUUCUUGGAGAAGCUACCUUGCAAUUCAAAGUAUCUAAGAUUACGAAAGAGACUGUAUAAGCGGUCAGUUCUUGAAUGGCCAACAAACCCUCAGGCACAACCAUACUUCUGGUUCAGCCUCAGGAGUGUACUGUCUACUGAGAGUCAUAAGCAAUACAGCAAUCUCUUCAAAGAGACACUUUAA